UUCUCAUGUUGGUUGCGAGAUUGAUGUAUUUUUUUUUCAAAGUUAUGGAAUAUUAAGGUUAUCUGACAAAUGUUGUGGUGGUUGUAGUUUCUUGCAAGACGGAUACGGAUAUAUGGACAUUGAAUAUUGAAGAUCUAUUGAGUAUGAAAGAUACGGAAGAGUGGAAAAAUGAUGUGAGGUGUCAAAAGGCUCAACAACUAGUUGAUCUUUGCAUAGAAUAUGGGGUUGCACCAAGGAUAGAGAUUCGACAAGGGUUCCCAAAACGGUUACUUGUUCUUGAAGAAAUCACAAGCGCUUAUGCAACAUGGGUUGUUUUUGACAGGCACCACAACAAGAAGCACAUAGAAUACAUUAUUGCAAAGAAAGUACCAUGCAACAUUCUUGUCAUGAACAACAAAGGAGAAGCAGAUAUGAUUAGAGGCCGAUCAACAACUUUUGAAAGCAAUGAUGAAAUCCCUACAUUCACUCCUUCCACAAUACCAACCCCUACAUUGAUGCUAUCUGAUGAAUACAAGAAGAUUCUAAACAUCAAGAGCCCUUAAAAGAUCUGUUAUACUAUGAACUUAUACAAGUUUACAAUAAAGGGUCUCUAUUCUCUACCUACUAGAAGCCAUUUAAUUUAAGUUCGGAUUUCACAAGACACAGGAAAUAGACAAGGAAGGAGAAUGUGUCAAUAAAAGGUUGUUAAGAUUUAAGAGUUAAAGACAUUUAUAUCAAAUUGUGGGGAUUGUUGUAUAUUUAAGUGUGUAUUUGUACUGUAAUGAAUAAAGAUAGUUAUUU